AAGUGAUAGGUGGUAUAGUUCUCUUUAAAAUAUCUUGUGGGACCUUGAACUUUUAUAGGGAGGACCAUGAGCAUUUUCCACCACAUCCAUAGCUAGGCACAAGUGAUUAGGUAACGUGAGAGAAGGGAGGAUGUGACAUGGCCAACCAACGAUGCAUGAUAGCUGAGGUAAACAACAGCCACAUUGCAGGUAAACGACGCAGACUGGAGGACUAUGACUGCCAGGUGAACGAUUCCUGUGACAACAACAGCAACGGAAUGAUUUCAGGAAACAACCAUUUCUUCCCGAUCCGUCGCAGCAAUUGUGUGUUCCACACCGAAGAGUGGAAUUCAACAGGAACAGCCUUGUUUAAGCCACUUUUCGAGGAUCUGCUAAUAAACUCACUCAAACACGAUCAGAUCAGUUGUGGAGAGGGGGACUUUUUCAUAGCCGAUGAUCAAGGGAGCUACUCACAGACUGUCCCAGGUCGGGUCCUGCAUCUGUGGAAGUACGACAAACUGGAGAAGAAGCUGUACAUUUCUAGAUCCUUCCUCUUCACCAACCUACAGGAAUACAUGACUGUCCAACAGUUUCUGCAAAGGUUGUGACUUUGACAUCAGAGCCCUCAGCAGCAACAGCAACAGCAGCAUCAGCAGCAAAAUAGGGAUGUAUGACGUUACCUUUUGCCUUGUGGACUAGUCUGUACAGACCAUAAUAAUGGUGAUAAUUACAACUGCAUGUCAGUUAUGGAUGGCAUGUGUCAUUCUCCAAUCACUGGCUCAAAACUACACAUCACUUGAGAGAACCCAUAUCCAGCAUACUGAGGGGAGCCCCAAUUGGACAUUGGACAAUUUCUUUGGCAAAUAAUCCAUUGCCUGAGAAAAUGUUGGGUUAGAAAGGAAAAGCAUGGACCUGGGACAUGAUUUUUUUAGUCAGUGUUCUGGCCACACUGGCAAAAUGUCUUUGCUGUCUCACCAAGACAGCCGUGAAAUUGUGAGGCAUGUUGAUUAACAGCCCUUGGCUGGAAUACGAGUUUAUUUAUAUGAACUAGUUGAUUAUAUGUUCUUUGAAAGGAUGCAUGAAGCAUUUAAUUUUCAAAUAUUACCAAAGUACAUCCGCCAAGAGCAGCCAAACUUAGGAUUAUGUACACGCUUUGUACUCAAGUAGCCUCACAAACAACAGAGAAAGACACAAUAAUUAGAAUGUGGCAAUUUGCCAGGUAUUUUACUCAUUGUGAUACAAACAUUUUGGGGUCUUUGUUUUUAGUUUUUACGCCCCAUUGAAAAUGUGGGUUUUUAUCGUAACAACCCAGACUUGACUGGGACUGUGUCUGGUAUGCUAUGUGUGUGGCCAUUUCGAAUUGUGUACUCACAUUCUCCAUGGUUUGGUUGCUCUGCCUGAUUUCAUUGGUGGAUCUGUACCACGGUUAAGGAUGGCAGUAAGUGAAGGCGAGAAUAGAUGGAUGUCCAUAAAUUCUUGCCUUUCACUUUAUGUGUAUCACUUCUAAAUGCUUUUCAAAGACUUUACGAGUAAGUGCUUUGUUUUGGACAAUGAAGGAAUCUUGAUGUAAUGGCAGAGUGUCCUCAGUUUAAACUGUUGAUCGAAUGAAAGGACCAGGCAUUUAGCAUCCAAUCAAAGACUGACCACUAGAUAUCUGUUAUAGUCCAAAUAUACCUUGUCCAAGCAAUGGAUAAAAAUGAUUAGUUUUCCUUUUUUUUCAUAUUUCAUUUGUUCAGAAAUGAGUUUAGGCCAGACCUUUUUGUUUCUGGUUUGGCAGGUGGAAAAAAUAACUGACUAAGACACUUCAGAUUUUUGUCAGUUUGCAGAAUUUGCAGAAAGCAGUGUUUGACAACUCACUGCAUUCACAAGAAAACUGUUUGAAAUAAAACAUACCAGUAAAUUUGUAUUUCACAGAGAAACAUAUAAAUGGUGCUUGUUAGAUAUAUUAGAUUUAUAUCUUUUCAUUAUUUUUAUGAUAUGGAUUCAUUGGACCAGUUCUUAAGUGAAGUUUCAUUCUCAAAUAAGUGUACCCUGUGAUAUGUUUUUGACUGUUUCAUAAUAUACAAACAGAGACCAUUUGUUUCCUAUUGUAAUAAAACCAUGCUGCAUAUAAACAGAUAAUACAUAUUUACUUACAUAAAUAUAAAAAAUACAUGACAUAAUAUGUCACAUACUUUAGAUAUACAUCAUAUCAUCGUAUUUUGUUCUUAUUCAUGCGAUCCUGACUUCAGAAUGUGCGACCCGUGAAAGUCCGGGUUAGAAUGGAUCUUCAGUAGCCCAUGCUUGUCGUAAGAGGCGACUAAGGGGAUCUCUUGGUAAGGCUCAGUGACUUGAUUGACAAAUGUCAUCGGUUCCCAAUUACGCAGAUCGAUUCUCGUACUGUUGAUCACUGGAUUGUCUGGUCCAGACUUGAUUAUUUACAGAUCGCCGCCAUAUAGCUGGAAUAUUGCUGAACAGAACUCACUCACUCAGAAUGUGGGAUCACCCCUGCUUGUACUUAACCAGCUAUGUACCUCCGCAGGAUGACACUUCAACUGACCAUUGCUUGUACAACAAGUCCAAAGAUAUUUUUCAGAGUUUCUAUUUUAUGUGAUUUUCUUUGAGAAAUUGUCUCCCCUUUCCAUUCCUCUGAAGCCUGUGUCUUAAAGGGGCAGUGUUGACAGUUUUCUGAGGAUCCACAAUCCCACUGUGUGGAGUUGCCUCCCUUAGAUUUGUCAUAAUCCUGUCUCUCGUCAUCAUAGUGAGUCGAGUCAUCCUGAUAAUAAUCAUUGAUUUGACGGUAACAUAUCUGUGCUCUUGGGUUUCCACAAAGGUGUUACCCACUUCUAUCAAUUCAUGUUUUCCUCUCAUAUCGAGCAUGGUUUUUUCAUCUUAUGUUUAUUUGACAUGUGUGAAAUUCAGAGUCAGCAGAAAUAUUGCUUUCACAAAUAGUUGACUGGUUUUGAAAGCAGUACUGCUUAAAACCAAAAUGUAUCUCAAGGGGUUUUGAAACAAACUGAAGAUUACUAGUCAAAAGGGCUUUAAAAUCAGUGUGGUAUUUUUUUUUUAUAAUUUCAUCUGUCAUAUUAUUUAGAUUUACCUUUAUUACAAAAUUAUCACCUAAUAUUUCAUAUCAUAACACUUGGUAUUUUGUGAAAUUGUAUUUGUGAAAUUUCAAUAGGAGAAUUAAAAUCUUUCCAACCAAAUCUCAGCGUUUUGCACUUUAUCAAACAAUAUAGUCCACAUGUGGUGAAGUUAAAAAUAUCUGAUUAAGUGUGUUUGGUAUAACAUUUGAAUGAGUUUUUGUAGGUAGUUUUGUUGAAGCUAUAUAUUUUUUAAUGGAAACUUCACAAUUAGACCUUAUAAAUACAAUUCAGCCAUUUGUAUGCGCUCAAAUUUCCCAAGUAUAUCAAUGAAAUAAGUAAUAGUUCGAUCUUGUACCACGUAAACUUAUUGUCUUUCAUCCCAACAUCCAACCAAAUAGAACAUAGAGUGUGGCAUUUAAACAACAAACAAACACAUAGAAAUUAACUGAAUUUUGUCAUCAGAAUUUAUCUGUGGAAUCUCUCCACUCCAGAUCUGAGAAGCCACCUUUGAAAUCAUCUGUUGUUUUCAGAGCUUAUUAAUAAUGGUAUAUAUUCCCAGAUAGGUAUCAUAUACAGUGGAACACUAUUGCAUCUAAGCGGAAGGGACCGGUGUAAAUAGUUCGAGGCAUCCAAGUAUCAACACAAUCACACAAAAAAUGACUAAAUAUGCAGAGACUGAGAUUUUACUUUGAAACAACCCAAGUUUAACAUUACAGUGGUUAGAUCCAUGUCACUGAAGUCUUUAUGAAUGUUUGAAUGACGUAAACUUUGUCGAAGGGAGUUUUUAUAACUUGUAUUCCUGAAUUAAGUUUUCUUUAAAUAGUCACCAUCCCUAUGAUUCAAAUUCAAGUACUGCAUGAUGUUUAAUUUGUUUGAAACUGAUUUUUUUUUUAAAUCAUGCUAAGGAAAUCUUGGAAAAUAUUAUUUAAACUGUGUAGUGAAAUGUUUUUUCCAGUUAUGAAUUGGGCAUUAGCUGCAAUGUGCAAUUCAUAUUAAUACCACUUGUCUGUUAAGUUUAUGAAAGAAAUGUCUGUUCACUGCUAGAUGUUAAGAGAAACAUGCAUACAUGAAACUGACGAGAUGCUGAUUGAAUCCAGUUGUUUAUAGGUAGAACAAAACCAGCUAAUAUUUUAUAUACUUUACAUAGUAUUAAAUAUUUCAUGCUAUAUGUAUUUCGAGAAGAAAGUCAAAAGAGAUCUCCGUACUUCGCCUUCAAGGCAUAUUUUUUCUCACUUCACACAGAUUAACAAUCGGAAGAUUUAACUUGGGAAGGAUAUUUAGUGUGUCUCUCUGACUAACUAUUCAGGUAGACUAACAUUUAGUCUCUAAAAUGAACAUAUUUUACAGAAAAAAAAGGUUUUCAUAAUUAUAUUCAUGAAAUGUAAUAAAAAGGAACCCAGAGACUUUCUUCAUUUCCUGAAACUGUGGUUAUCUAGACUUGCCACACAUUCUAGACUUGCAUGGGCUGCAUUGGGUAUAUUUGUUUCAGGUCUGUGUGACUGACUACUAUUAGGGUGUUUUUAUUCCUUGUUUGCACCACAGUGGUUUGUUGUGAUCAUCCUUGUACGUUGAUGGCAGUGGGCUUAUAGCAGUAUUCUGGAUUAGUUUGAGGAACAGUUAUCAAUUUAUAAUUGGAACUGGUUUCCAUGCAUAAUACAUACAGCUAUUUUAGAUAUAGUUCAUGUAUGCUGAAGAGAUUCAUGUUUUAAUUUGUUCAUUUUAAAAUUAUUAAUGGUAUAAGUGAUUUAAUGGUUUGUACAUAAUACAGUAUGUGUGCAUCAUGUAUUGACAGCUUUGUAAGAAUAAUUGGAAUGAAGGUAAAACAUGUAUUUUUGAAAAUAAAUAUUGUACAAUUAA